AUGGAGGUGUGGAAGGACAUUCAGGAUGUGCUCAAGAAGUCUGGAAUAAAAAGGGACAUUGAUGUUUGCCAGCUUAACCUUGCCAGAAAAAGACUCAGCAGUGUUCCCGACCUGUCAACAUUUCACUGUCUGAGGUAUCUGUGGCUGAAUAACAACAAGAUCAAGGAGCUCAGCUGUCGUUCCCUCAACUGCUGCAUGACUGAGCUUUACCUUCAUAAUAACCACAUCAAGUCUAUCUCAGGAGCUCUGAGUCACCUGACCUGCCUUCGAGUCCUGCUUCUCCACAACAACCAGAUCAGGGAGCUGGACGACACCAUGCACGAGCUGAGGAGGAUGCAGCAGCUCCACACAGCCAGUGAGGGGACAUCACCUCGGUAUCGCCACCACGUGAUCCACUGCUUACCUUCAGUCCAGGUGUUAGACAGAAGAGAGGUGAAGCCAGAGGAGAGGAGCUGGUGCUUCCAGGCGUACAGAGCGGAGAGACACCACGUCCUGCAGUCGGUGGCCUUCGGCAGACGACUCACCUCGGCCUCCAGGAGAGACAAUGACACCUCUGAUGGCAGCCCGAUAGUCACAGCUCCCCGUCCUCUCAGAAGACACAUCGCCAAAUCCAGGGUGCGGCCUGAGGAGAGCGGAGAGCCCCUGAACCUCCCGGCAUCUGUCCUGAAGCUCUCCAUGCUGGACUGGGCGGCUGUGUCCACCAGCACACAGAGGCAGCUGGGUGAACUGGUCCAACGCCCACCUGAGCCCAAGGUCCUCACUGUCACCCUCAGGUGA